AAGAUCAAAGCAUAGUCUCGUUCUUGUUCACUUCAAUCACACAAUGGCUCUCUGCAAGAUUCAUGUUUCAUCAUCCCCAUCUUCUUCUGUUGCUACUCUUUCUUGCGGAACAAAUGUAGGUGAUUAUCUAACACUUGGUUCUCGUUCUUGUGGAACACACAAACGGAAAGACCGACAUCAAGAAAGUAACAACAUUUCAUCAUUAUUGGAUUUGUCUUCAUAUCCCAAUGAAACUAAUGUCUGUCUCCACCUAUCUCUAUCUUUUUGUAAUUGCAUUCAAAUUGCUAAGAAACAGAAACUUGUUCAGCAAGAAACCAAUGCUGAUGCUGAUGUUACUGUUACUGUUGGAACAAGUUCUGAUUCUUCAACUACCGAUGAUGAUCCAUGGAAGAUCAAGAAGGUGCUCACAUUAAGUGAUCUUGGCAAUAAUAGCAGACUUUUGUUGAAGAAAGAAUUGGCUAGGAAAUGGGUCGUUCCUUUUUUGGAUAAGGUCGAAGCUGAAAAAGAUGGCGUUAAAGUUCCGGUGUUUGAUGUUGACACUCAAACCCUACGUUCUCUUGUUUUCAAGAUAUGGCCUUCGAAUGGAAGUCAUGUUUUCAUCGAUACAUGGAUCACGAAUUUUGUAGUUAAAAGGAAUUUAAAGACUGGAGAUGAAAUUGGUCUUAAAUGGGAUCAAGCCGGAAAGAAAUUUGAUUUUUCUGUUCUUCGUAGAUGUUGGAUAUAG